CCAUUGGUCAACUUAACGCUUCCACAGCUUUACCAAUUGCUUGAGCUGCAACAAAAACGCCAUGAAGCCACGCUGUGUGGCGUCUCCCGCUUCUUGACUUCCACACCCUCCGCCCGUUCUCCCCACUUUGGCCUUCGUCUCUCCUCCACCACUCGUUUAUCCGGUGACACCUCAACCCAGUAGUGGAUUGAGGUUUCUCUGUUCUCUCUCAGGUAAGCAGAUUCUUCACCUCAAAUCCCAAAGUUUCAAUCUUUCAGUCUUAAUUUCCUCAAUUUUCACCAAACUCGAACUGGGUUAUCGUCAAUAUUCUUAAAAUUUGAUUGCUAUGGAUCCAAGUUCUUAUCAACUGCCCGAUUCCAAUUCCAAUUUCAUCGACCAGACACUUUCCCCCAAUUUCAAUGAGUACCCAAGCAGCGAUCCCUUUGUGGAUCUUAGCUUUCUGGGCCAAAACCCUAGCAACUCUGCUCUGUCUCCGAGCUUGAGCCCCGAGGGAGAUGACAGUGACUACUCUGACAGUGUGCUCAGGUACAUAAACCAGGUGUUAAUGGAGGAGGAUAUGGAGACAAAGCCCUGUAUGUUUCAUGACCCUUUGGCUGUCCAAGCCGCUGAGAAAUCUCUCUUUGAGGUUCUUGGUGGGAAGUUUCCGCCUUCUCCGAAUCAGCAUCCGCUUAAUUUUGAGAGCCCUGAUGGUCGUUCUUCUGCAACCUUUAGUGAUCAUAGUGGAAAUAAUAGCUCUAGUCUUAGUUCUAGUACUAGCCAUUUGGAUGAUUCUCGGAGUAGCGUUGAUGUUAUUGAGCAUAAGCCCUCUAUUUUGCAAAACCCAAUUCCGGAAAACUUUGUUUUCCAGUCAAAGGCCAAGUCUCAGUUUUCGUCGAAUGGGAAUGGAUUGGUGGGUUCUUAUGUGAGUGAGCCUAUGGUUUCUAAUUUGUUUAGGGAGAGGGAAUUGGUGUUACAGUUUAACAGAGGGGUAGAGGAGGCUAGUAAGUUUCUUCCUAGAGGUCAACUGAUUGUUAACGUUGAGAAUAACAAGCCGUACACAGUGGCGAAUGGAAAGGCUGAAAAUGUGGUGGUUAAGACGGAGAAGGAUGAAGGCGAGUAUUUUCCUACUAGUUCGAGAGGAAAGAAGAGUCAUGAGAGGGAAGAUGCAGAUUUGGAGGUUGGGAGGAGUACCAAGCAAUCAGCUGUUUAUGAGGAGACGGAGGCUGAUCUAUCGGAGAUUUUUGAUAAGGUGCUUGUUUGUGGUGAGGGGAAACCCAAGCCUAUUGUGAGUGAAGGUGAAGAAGUCUGUCUGGAUGAAGCAAACAAGGCUCUGCAGCAGAAUGGGCAAUCUGUUGGAACCAGUAAUGGAAAGACUCGUGCCAAGAAAAAGGGCGACAAGAAGGAAGUGAUAGAUUUGAGGACUCUACUCAUUUCAUGUGCACAAGCUGUUUCUUCUGAUGAUCGUAGGACUGCUAAUGAGCUACUAAAGCAGAUUAGGCAUCACUCUUCCCCAUUUGGCGAUAGCUCGCAGAGGUUGGCUCAUUGCUUUGCAAAUGGCCUUGAAGCACGGUUGGCUGGCACUGGAACUCAGAUAUAUACUGCUCUAUCUUCUAAAAGAACGUCAGCUGCUGAUAUGCUGAAGGCUUACCAAACUUAUUUUGAAGCCUGCCCGUUCAUGAAGGUCGCGAUAAUCUUCGCAAACCACAUGAUUUCAAAAUUAGCUGAGAAAGCAGAAACACUGCAUAUUAUAGAUUUUGGAAUCCUCUACGGUUUUCAAUGGCCUGCUCUCAUUCGUUGCCUCUCAAGAAGAGCUGGUGGACCUCCAAAACUACGCAUUACAGGGAUAGAGCUUCCCCAAAGUGGUUUUCGACCUGAAGAAAGAGUCCAAGAGACAGGGCAUCGUUUGGCAAAGUAUUGUGAGCGGUAUAAUGUUCCUUUCGAGUACAAUGGCAUAGCAAAGAAAUGGGAAGCUAUCCAAUAUGAGGAACUCAAAGUCAAGAGAGAUGAAGUGCUUGCUGUGAAUUGUCUGUUCCGGUUUAAAAACCUACUUGACGAGACAGUUGUGGUAAACAGCCCAAGGGAUACUGUUCUAAAUUUCAUUAGGAGCAUGAAUCCUGAUAUCUUUAUCCAUAGUGUCAUUAAUGGAUCUUACAAUGCCCCAUUCUUCGUCACACGCUUCAGGGAGGCUCUAUUCCACUUCUCUGCAAUGUUUGAUAUGUUUGAUACCAAUUUAUCUCGUGAGGAUCAGAUGAGAUUGAUGUUUGAGGAAGAGUUCCUUGGACGAGAGGUUGUAAACACAGUAGCUUGCGAGGGCUCUGAGAGAGUUGUGAGGCCUGAGACAUAUAAGCAGUGGCAGGCUCGGAACAUGAGGGCUGGGUUCAAACAAUUGCCAUUGAACCGUGAACUCAUGAACAAAUUAAGGGCCAAGGUGAAACUGGGGUACCACCGUGAUUUCAUGGUUGAUGAAGAUGGAAACUGGAUGCUGCAAGGAUGGAAGGGCAGAAUUCUCUACAGUUCCUCCUGUUGGGUACCGUCUAGGUCUGCUUCUGUAGUUCUAUACAGAUGUAAAAAUAGUGCUGUAUUUUGCAAUCACCGUGCUGUCUGGGUGACAAUGUACUGGUUUCUUAUCGUUGAAUCUAAUCGUCAAAUAAACGCAAUUUUUACUUUUAUGGAAUAUGCCCCGGAGGAUUUGAGGGUUUUAGAGUUUAGAAUUGUACCCAGGUAUUUUUCUGUGAUCGUUAUGGAUCAUCCAACUGUCAAUGGAAGUCCUGAUUACUUGAAUGGUUUCAGUAUUGAUGAUCUAGCCUUCUCACCUGAUUCAACUCAAUUCUCAAAUCUCACAAAUGAAUACCAAUUUAACCAGUUCUCUCCGGAUCUUAACUUUGUGGACAAUCAUUUUUCCCUUCCGCCCGAUUUCGAACAGGGUAAUAUUGUUCCUAAAGUCAGUUUGACCACAAGUGGAGAGUCAUUUGUUCCAUCUAAAAGUUUGAGUCCACCUGAUGGAGGCUCAUUGUCUCUGCCUACGACUGUGAGCGUCGGAGGAGCAGACAGUUCCUCCGAUGACAGUGAUUUUUCUGAAGCUAUUUUCAAAUACGUAAACCAGAUUCUUUUGGAAGAGAACAUAGAGAAAAAGCCUUGCAUGUUCUUUGAUCCGUUGGGUCUUCGUGUGACUGAGAAAUCGUUCUAUGAUGUUCUUGGUCAACGGUACCCCUUUUCACCCAAUCAGCAACCACUUCAUAUCAAUCCGAAUGUUGAGAGUCCUGGUGGUAAUAAUUCUGGGAGUUGUAGUGAUUGUAGUGGUAGUAAUAAUAGUCCUAGUCCUGGUACUAGCAAUUCCAAUGAUCCUCAACGGGUUGGCGAUUCGGGAGAUCCAAAAUCUUCUUUUCCACAAACUACCCUUCCCAGUGACAACCCUUUCCAGUUCAAUUCACAUUCGAGUUCACAGUUGUCUGUUCCUCUGGAAAAUCGCAUGACUAGUGUUGGUGAUAGGCGGCAUGUUGGUGGUGGGCAGCGCCUUGAUGAUAUGCUACAGGGCUCCUCUGUAGAAGAGUUUGUGGCUCAGAAUAUAUAUACAGAUAGUGAUUCUAUCUUGCAAUUCCAGAGAGGGUUAGAGGAAGCUAGUAAAUUCCUUCCGAAAAGCACUCAGCUGCUUGUUGAUCUGGAAAGCAACACAGUGUCUCCAGAAGUGAAAGCAAGUGUGCCGAUGGUUACUGUCAAGAAAGAAAAGAGUGAGCGGAAGAACUCACCUAAUGGGUCAAAGGGAAGAAAGAAUCGCGAGCGGGAAGAUGUUGAUCUUGAAGAAGGGAGGAGUAGCAAGCAGUCUGCAGUUUAUAUAGAAAAGACUGAAGAGAGUGAAUUGUCUGAGAUGUUUGACAAGGUGUUGCUGUCUACUGGCGGAAAUAAUGAAUCUCAGUGUGGCAAUGUUGCUUUUAAGAAUGAAGCAAGCAAGACCUUGCAGCCUGGACAGCCACAAGGAUCUAAUGGUAAUGGCGGGAAGGCUCGUGGUAAGAAACAAGGAAAGAAGAAGGAAACUGUGGAUUUGCAGAAUCUCCUGAUUUUGUGUGCACAAGCCGUGUCUACCAAUGAUUUUAGGACCACUAGUGAACUGUUAAAGCAGGUUAGGCAGCACGCUUCUCCUAACGGUGAUGGAUCUCAAAGGUUGGCUCACUUCUUUGCGAAUGGUCUUGAGGCUCGUAUGGGUGGUACUGACACCGGAACCCAAAAGUUUUAUACGUCCCUUGCCAAAAGGUCAUCAGCCGUUGAUGUGUUGAAAUCUUACCACGUUCAUCUUUCAGCUUGCCCUUUCAAGAGAAUGUGUAUGCUCUUCAAAAACAAGAUGAUUUUGAAGAUGGCUGAGAAAGCAACAACCCUUCAUAUUGUCGAUUUUGGUAUCCUGUAUGGUUUCCAGUGGCCAUUCCUCAUCCAGCAUCUUUCAAAGAGACGUGGUGGACCUCCGAAGCUACGCAUUACCGGGAUAGAGGUUCCCCAACCUGGGUUUCGUCCAGCAGAGUGGAUUGAAGAGACUGGACGUCGCUUGGCAAGAUAUUGUGAGCGUUUUAAUGUACCUUUUGAGUACAAUGCUAUAGCUUCACAAGAUUGGGAAUCCAUCCAACUGGAGGACCUUAAGACUGAAAGGAAUGAGGUGCUUGCUGUGAACUGUAUGUUACGGUUCAAGAACCUACUUGAUGAGACCGUUGAAGUGAACUGUCCAAGGGAUGGUGUUCUACAACUAAUCAGAAGGAUGAAACCAGAUAUUUUUGUCCACUCUAUUAUCAAUGGUUCCUACAAUGCCCCUUUCUUUGUCACUCGAUUUCGGGAGGCUCUCUUCCACUACUCUUCCUUGUAUGAUGCAUUUGAUAUUAAUAUACCCCGUGACAAUGAAGAGAGGUUGAGGUUUGAGAGUGAGUUCUAUGGCAGGGAAGCUAUGAAUGUAAUAGCAUGUGAGGGCGUAGAGCGGGUUGAGAGGCCUGAGACAUAUAAGCAGUGGCAGGUUCGAUGCAUGAGGGCUGGUUUACAGCCGUUGCAAUUGGACCAAGAUUUAGUGAAGAUUCUUAAGGAUAAGGUGAAGGCAUGGUACCACAAAGAUUUUGUAGUUGAUCAAGAUAGUGAUUGGAUGCUUCAAGGAUGGAAGGGCCGAAUUGUGUAUGCUUCUUCUUGUUGGGUGCCAGCGUAGGAAUCUUGUAGAAUAUGCUUGUUUGAACUUCUUUGAGAAUUGUGAUAGAAAGGAUGAUCAACAAACUAGGCAGAGGUACUAUUUCAUUUCGUAUUUGAGUAUUCUGGUUAUCCAUGUUGUACUCUAAUAUACCAUGUUGCACUCUAAUAUACUAGUCGGCUUUGUAGCUGAACUACCUCAAUA